AUGGGCAACAAGACAGUUACUCCUUUAGCUACUAAUAAUAAUCCUAACACAUUUGAUUUUGCAUAUAAUUCUGAAAAUUCUCGUGUUCAUUCUAAAUCUCCUACUCCAAAUAUGUCGAAUGAUCCUCUUAUUUCGACGCCCGUAACUAAUCUUGACACAUCUGCUCCUCUCAUAAAAUCCCCAAUUCCUUCCACUGCUACUAUCCCUCGCACAUCGGUUUCUCAUGUUCCUACGAAGCCUCGUACACCUAGUAUUCCUAAUAGCCCGGUUCACAUUUCUUUACCUGUAACGAAUCUUGAUACUUUUACUCAUCCUCCUCAGUUUGAUAACACUGUCAAACACACAUCCUUCUAUGUACUCAACACUCAAGCCUCUCCAGCUCCUACAGAAUCUCAUGCACCUAGUCUUUGUUCGCCCGUAACAAAUCUCGAUACUUUUACACAUCCUCCUCAGUUUGAUAACACUGUCAAACGCACAUCCGUCUACGUACUUAACACUCAAACCUCUCCUGUUCCUACAGAGCCUCGUGCACCUAGUAUUUCUUCACCCGUAACAAAUCUUGAUACUUUUACUCAUCCUCCUCAAUUUGAUAACACUGUCAAACACACAUCCUUCUUCGUACUCAACACUCAAACUUCUCCUGUUCCCAAAGAGCCUCAUGCAACUAGUAUUUCUUCACCUGUAACGAAUCUCGAUACUCUUACUCCUCCGCCGUAUACUAACACUGUCAUACGUACAUCUGUCUAUGUACUAAAUACUCAAACUUCUCCUGUUCCUACAGAGCCUCAUGCACCUAAUAUUUCUGCACCCGUAACUAAUCUUGAUACUUUUACUCCUCCUCAGUAUACUAACAUUGUCAAACGCACAUCCGUCUAUGUACUCAACACUCAAGCCUCUCGUGUUUCUAUGAGGCCUUCUACUCCUAUUAUUUCUACACCAGGAAAGACUCUAGAAACUUCUCCUAUAAACUCUCCUAUUCCCACUAUUUCUGGUAAUUCUAUUACUUCAACAUCACCAACUAAUAUCCAUAAUAAUACUGCUCCGCAAAAAUCACCUAUGGCUCCUAACACUUUGAUUUCUACAGUUCCUACUACUUUAACGACCGUUGAUAAUUCUGUCAUUCGUAAAAUUCCUGUAACUUCUCCUGUUCCUAGUAUUGAUAAUAUCUAUAUUGGACCUUAUAAUUCAUCUCCUAUACUUAGUCCUGAUACUUCAGCUGUUUCUCCUACGUUUGACACACCUCCUUCUCCUAUACCUCCUACUAUUACUGUGAAUCCUGUUAAAUCAAAUGAUACUGAAACAAUAUCUAAAACUCCUUUUCCCUACAAUGUUAAUGCUAAACGAACACCAUCUAAUAUUUCAUUAUCAUCAUCAGCACCAAUUUCGGAACAAGUAAAAUCUUCCAAUUUAUCAUCUGUGCGACGAUGGAAUAAAAUACAACAAAGACAAAAAGAACAUUCUCAUACAAUUUCACAAACACCAAAUUUAGUCACAUCGCCAUCAUCAUCAUCAUCACGAACGAAUACAAAUGAUAUUUCAAAAGAAACAUCUGCUAUUUUAAAAAUUAUACCUGUACCAAGUUUUUCUUUACGUUCAACAGCUGUAUGUAGUUUUUCAAUAGAUGAACAUCUCUUGUCAGAACGAACUCAAUCCAUACAUAAAGAUAUAUCUAUAUUUAAAUAUUAUCUUACUCAAAAAGAAAUAAAACGAACACUUGGUAAUCAUACGAAUGCAACUAUGUUUCAAAUGAAUACUCAACUUAAACAAACUCCUUUACCAAAUCCAUCAUUAUCAUUUUUACAUAAAAAUUUCAAUGAUGGCAUUCAUGAAACAGAUGAUAAUUCAUCUGUUACAGCUACAUUUAGUUCUCUUGGUCUACAGAAUGAUCUCGAAACAGAAUCUGUCGAUCCAUCGACAACAGAAUUACAUUCAAAUGAAAAACAACAACAAAAAAAUUCUUUUCCAGUUGUUUCAUCAAAUAAUUCAACUUCGGAAAAACCCUUAGUAUCAAUAUUGAAAAAACCAAUACAUCCUCCAAUUGAAAAACCUAUACCUACACAAAUAGACAAAAAAAAUGAUUUUGAAAAUUAUUCAACCGUAUCAUUUAAUUUCCAAACAACACCAAAAGCUAAUGAAAGUAUAUCAAGAAGUGAAAAAUUAUUUUCUUCAUGA